AUGGAGUUAGAGGUCGAGGUUCCUAUAGACUUGAGGGGUUUGUCAGGGAGGUUUUUCAAGGUGAUAGAGGAUCCGAAGACACUUCCACCCUCAAGGGAAUUUUACCACCGCAUUCCUUUGAAAGAGGAAGCCAAGCUAAUUAAUGUGGGCCCCUACCGGUAUGCCUAUUACCAAAAGACUGAGUUUGAAAAGCAAGUCAAUGAGAUGGCUAAUGGGCUCAUCCACCCGAGCACUAGCCCAUUCUCAAACAUAGAGGAUCAUUUGGAGCAAUUGGAGGUUAUUUUAGGGGUGCUACUUGACAACUAUUUCUAUAUUAAGUUGUCCAAGUGUGCAUUCGGUCAAAAGGAAAUUGAGUAUUUGGGGCAUUUGAUCUCACGUGAGGGGGUCAAGGUGGAUUCAAGAAAGAUUGAAGUUAUAGUGGCUUGGCCCAAACCAAAGACCAUUACCGAAUUGAGGAGCUUUCUAGGAGUCACGGGUUACUAUAGAAAGUUUGUCAAGGAUUAUACUUCUAUUGAAAGACCACUUACCAACAUGAUCAAGAAAAAUAAUUUUGUUUAG